AUGAGUUUGAAAAGGAAGCAAAUGUCUAUAGAUCCAAAAACUAAGCAACUAAUUUUAGUAGAAGUCGAAAAAGGUACACUGCCUAAAACCAAAAUCGCGGAGAAAUUUGGCAUUCCAAAAUCAACAUUAUCAACAAUUAUUAAAAAUAAAGAUAAGAUUGACGAAGCAGUUGAGCUUGGUUCAACCAACAGUACAAAGCGUCUACGAAAACCCUUAAUAAAACUUAAUAAACUUAAUAAAAAAAUGUAUUUGAGUGUAAAAUAA